AUGUCUGCAAUCAUAACAGCAGUUUUCAAAGCGACUAUUGGAUGGCUUGUGGAUAAAGGCAGAAAUGAGGCAGCAGAAAAGCUUAAAGAUGGCGACGUUACAGAUCAACAGUUUCGUAACAUCAUCGUGCGUGAAAUCGAUGACAUGAAGUCCAAGCUGGAUGGAUUAUCAAGGAAAGAUUUGUUAGCCAGUAUUGGAUUCUUUAGAGAAGGAAUCGAGUUGUUGUAUGAAGUAUUUGAAGAGACAAGGUCGAGGAGUGAGUAUGGCGCGGAUACAGCACAAGCAGCUUGUGCGGAAGCUGUGUCGCUCACUGAAGGAAUGAAACAUUUGGAGCUUACCGAGUCUGCCGCAAGAAAGCUCUCCAAUGCAAAGAAGAGAUUCGAACGUGCUCGUGAAAGAGCAACAGAUGCCUUUUCGAAUGAAGCGCUAUCACCAAAUGACCGCAUCUUAGCAAUGCAGUACCGAGUGAUGGCAACAAUAUUAGAAACAAUAGACCAUCCCGAGGAUGCUGUAGCACCAUGUAAAGUGUGUAUUGAAGAGCUAAACGGUCUGCCAGUGGUUAAGCAAAGUCUUCAAGAACAGCUCAAGACAGGAAUCAGGGCAAUAAAGAGUUUAUUUCAUAAAGAAGAACGACGGAAAGUUAUUUCCGGUGUCUGUCUUGUCAAUCGUGUCGCCUACGAUGUCACACACACAGUAUCCGUAAAAGAAUCAUUUACAAAAGAACCAUUCCUACCAUUGCCUAUGAUUGAUACAGGAAAGGAGAAAGUUGAUCUGCUGCGAGAUCGGAGAGUAACAAAAAUACUUUGUAAACAGGGUAUUGAGAACUGUAGUGUACCAUGGAUACUUGGUCAUGAUGGCGGAGAGGAGCGCGGGUAAAUUUAUCCGCAUGCUAUCGCUACCAACUCAAGCGGGCAAUAUAUUGUGGCAGACGAUGACUCGACAAUCAAGGUGUUUAACAACAGUGGCAAGUUUGUGAAACGUUUCAGACUUCCUCCUCUCAUUGAUGACAGCGAUAAAGAGCUAUCGAUUAAAACCCAAGCGGUUCGGCUGGCCACAGACAUGAAUGACAACAUUUAUGUCAUGGUCGAAGAAAAGAGUGGUGAGGACCCAUACUGGAUUUUUAAGUUUAACAAAACCGCUGACCAACAUCACAAGUUUCGCGUCACGACAAUGGGCUGCGAAUUUCAGCAGUGUAUACUGUCAGUCAGUGAUAGUGGUACAGUGGUGGUACUAAAGAGUGACUGGAAGAAGGGAUGUUAUAUUGUGGAUGUUUAUGAGAAUAAUGGUCAGUUUGUUUGCAGUUUUGGAGGACAAAACUUGACUAUCAGGUGCGACAUCACUACUGUAAGUGAUAACAGAGUUAUGGUGGUGCAAGGAUGUAAUCCAACAGAUGUUCACAUACGCAGCGAACAAGGUGGUUUUCUAAACAAGUUUGAUCUGCAAAGGUCCCUGGACACUCCUAAAAUAGCAUUUCACAGGGAAAGUCAACAAGUCGUCGUGGUCGGUGGGCAGGGACUUUUUCCAGACAUCUUUUAUAUAGAAAUAUACACCAAAGAUGGUGAGUUUGUGCGAAGUACUCUUUUCCAUAUGGGAGAGCCCUCUUCUCUGGAGGGGAUUGCAUUGACCACUGAGGGACGCAUUGCAUUAGCAAUCUGGAGUCUAAAUUUAGGAAAAAAAGUAAUCAUCAUUUAAAAAACACAAUGAUUUCCUCUUCUUAUUUUCACGUUUAGUUUACUAACUAAUUAUUAUUAACGAUAAAUUGGUGUUUUGUAUCAAUAAUCAUGCAAUUAACAUAAUAAGCACAAUGCCUUUAUUUUUCACACGGCAUGAUGUAGCUUGAGACAAAAGUUUUAUGCCUAAAAUGAAAGCUUUUAUAGCCUCAAUUUAUUAACUUUUGAUGCGUUGGAAUUUAAUUGAACAAAUGCAAUGCAGUUUUGAAAUUUUCUUGGAAAAUAAGUAUUACAUCAUUGAUCAUGUAGGAACUUUAUUGAUGACUCCAGGCUUAGCCAGAGAUAUGAUGCUUAUUUGGAAACCAGCCUUGUGGUCCUCACUUCUAUAGAUAUAGUGAUAAAAUUGGACAUUGCAACUGCCAUACAUCUCCUUGUAAUGGGAGGAAAUAUUCUCUUAUGUCAUGGCAAGGUGACACGUCUGACACAGCUAUAAGCUGAGAUAUUUGUUUAUUCUCAUUACUAGUUUACUGGAUAAUGUAUGGAUAUUGUAAGGAGAACUUGAAUGUGAUUCUCUUCUGUAAGUGAAAGCGGCUGAUAUCCAGUCUCUCUCACAUAUAUGUGCGUAAUUUUAUAUUUUAAACAUGGUGUUCCUAUCUUUUGAUAAUUUUAACCUUAGCUUUUAUCAGUCUUUUAAGCAUAAUGCGUGGACUGUUAUUGUUUUGAUAGGCGUAAUGUUUGCUUAAGUAGUUUUGAACACUUUAGCUUUUAAUUUGUUGUCGAAUGUAUCAAAUUUAGUAUUUUAUUUAGCUGUUGUUUCCUGCGUGACAAUUUUCAAACAAGACCAAUUUCUGCAGUGAAUUUUUGACGCGUGACAAAUUUAGAUGGUAAAAGAAAUAGUAUAAUGAUUCUUGGAGAUCAAAUCAAACUUGUCAGUAAAUGCUAAUUAUUUCAUAGCUGGCAGAUCACGUGGGUGAGAUGAUGUGAGUCCUUUGCUCUGGUCGGUUACUCAAGCGGGCAAGAUGGAACUCUUGCCCGUUAAUAAAGAAUGUCAUUUUUUUGGAUCUAGUGAAAGCUGAAUUAUAAUCAAUUACCAGUAAAUCUUACCACUUGCUGAAUUUGUUCGUGUUUUCCCUUAUGUUCUUCUUUUUUGUAUGAUUUCGCUGAACUUCGAAUACAACUCUUGCCACACAGCCUCCAACCUCCCGUACCUUUUAAAAAAAAUUCUGAAUUGAUGAGGAAGAAUGAAUUAUCAUUGAAUGAUCAUUGUGAUUUUUUUGUGUUGUUUAUCAGCUUGAGUUCAUCUUGUGAGUCAUGAUAUAUUGAGUUACUAAUCAAUGAUCAGGUUUAAAGCUGUUUAUUUCUGUUGCGACUGUUUAUAGCUUCUGGUCGACUGUUAUUCGUAGACAUGCUUAAAAGCUGGUACUGAUUUUGACCUGCCUCUUUUCUGUUUCCCUCCAUUUGUUUUGCUUCUUGAGAAAUUUUUGAAUUCGUUGGUUCUUUCUCUUUUCAAUUGAUAAUGUUCGGGUAGUAUAUUCAAAGACAACUUCUUCAACCUAAAGGGUCACACGGCCCAGUUUUUAGGCCAAGCAGAAAGAGGAGAAUUGAGUAAAUAUGAAAAUGAAUUAAACUUUUAGAGCUAUGGAGCUUCAGUACAUCUCUCAAGAAAUUCAAGAGCUGCACAGUGGAUAUAGUCAUAAGUUCUCCCCGGCAGUUUUGCUAAGUUUACCCAACUCAAACAAAGCCACCAGUCAUUUCGUUAAUUUCUGAAAUACCAACACGUAAAGCUAAUAUGAGAGUAGUGUGAAGAUUGGUGAUAAGUUGAAAGAGUAGCUCAGUAAAUUUAUUCCUUGAGUCUGCAGAGACUUGCUAGUGGUAAGAGGCGAGAGGUGAUUAUGACUUGGGCUUUAUACAAUGAAGAACCACUUCUAUCGGAGGCCGCCUUCUGCAGUCGCAACGCAAUUCAUCUUAUAAAGCAGAGACAAAAUAUCAUGUAAAGCAGUUGACCUCUUAAUCGUCACCCAAUCCCUGAGGUAAAAAAUAAUUUAGAAACAUUUUUAAUCUAACAUAAUUAAUCUAAUUACUUCCUUCUUUUUCGAUAAUGUUUUUCAAUCCCUGUUGGUGUUUGUAUCGUCCCUUUUUACUUGUUGAGGUUUCUGUUCAUUGCUUCCGAAUCUAGGGAAGCUGCUUACGCUGCAAACGGACGGGAUCGUAUAAUGUAACUUUCCGACUUUAAAGUAAAGCGACCAUUAUUUCGGUUCCAAGGUCAAAAGUAGAACAUCACGUGGGGCGGGACUGCAGAUCAAGAAAAAUUGGUUGACGACAGUGGAUUGCGGAAUGACGAAGUACUUUAAAACUGGAAAUAUAAAUUGAAGCAUUCGCACAUUUAUAGGCUUUGAAACAAUGAGUCACGUUAGGAUGCUCCUCCUUCUUCCCGCAAGAAAGAAAAACGUUCAAAACCAAAUGACAGACUAAAAAAUUGAUUUAAUUCAUCAAAGAACAUAUGCCUCGAAGAACUCAUUUUAAAAAUACCAAUUCUUUUAGGUGUUGGGUCCAGGAUAGUUUUAUCUUAAAGUUAAAGUGGAUUCAUAGAGAUCAAAACCAAGUUUUAGAUGAGCUUAAGUAUGGAACCAAAAGAAUACAAACUGUCUAUGAUCUCUUUUUGGAACAGUUUUGAAUUGACACAAGAAACAAAUGAAUAAGGAGAUAAAUGAUGAAAAAAUGGAAGCUUAUUUUAAGAAAACAGAACAUGAACCUCACCAAACGAACAAAAACAAUAACAAAAUUUAUUAAAGUAGGAUAGACCCCCACUAGAGCUUCUUUAUGGGAUCAGUUUCUUAGACCAUCUCAGUUUACAACUUAGUUUGAAAUGUGGAAUAAAUCCACGAAUUAUGUCUAAUCUGUAGAGCGAGAGAACAUUGUGGGGGAAAUAAUUUGCCGAGAACGGUACAUGGAGAGGCUCUUUUCUUUUUUUUUCUUGAAACUGCCAAGACUUGCCUUUUCAUUUUAACAUCAUGGCCUUCCUUUCGCUUUUUUUUCUUUGUUUAUUCGUGCAUUUCUUUUUAAAUUUUUUUUUUAUUUUCUACCUCUUAUGUCCACACUCCAAACUCCUCAAUCCACGAUCACAAGCGUAACCUUUAUCGCACCGGUGUAAUUACAAAUUAAACCGCAGUGUUGACCUUGGUUUCGAGUGACACAGCUGGCUGCUCUGCAGAUUAACACAACUGCCAAUAGUGUUGCUGACGGCUGAGGAAUUCGAUAAUCCUAAUGUUACACUCACUUGUCGUAGACAAGGAACUUCUAUCGAGUCCCGUUAAAAACGUAUUUUUCCUCUGAUUUUCCUCAAUUGCUAUCAUGGCCGUGAUCCCCAUUGCAGUUUUUCAAGCGACUUUUGGAUGGCUUGUGCAUAAAGGCAGAGAUAAAGCAGUCGAAAAGCUAAGCGAUGUAACACAUAAACAAUUUCGUAACAUCAUCAUGAGUGAAAUCGACGACAUGAGCUCCAAGUUGGAUGGAUUAUCAAGAAAAGAUUUGCUAGCAAGUAUCAGCUUCUUUAGAGAAGGAAUCGAGUUGUUGUAUGAAGGAUUUGACGAGACAAGGUCGAAGAGUGAGUUUGGCGCGGAUACAGCACAAGCGACUUGUGCGGAAGUUGUGUCGCUUACUGAAAGAAUGCGAAAUUUGGAGCUUACUGAAUCUGCCACAAGAAAGCUUUCUACUGCGAAGAAGAGAUUCGAACGUGCCCGUGAAAUGGCAACGAUAGCAUUUUCAAAUGAAGCACUAUCAACAAUUGACCGCAUUUUAGCAAUGCAGUACCGAGUGAUGGCAACAGUAUUAGAGGCAAUAGAGAAUCCAUCCGAUGCUGUAGCACCGUGUAAAGUAUGUAUUAAAGAGCUAAACGGUCUUCCAACGGUUCAGCAAAGCUUUAAAGUACAGCUCAAGACAGGAAUCAGUGCGGUGAUGGGUUUGUUUUACCAAGAAGAACGAGUAAAAAUCAUUUCCGGUGUCUGUCGCGUCAAUCGUGUCGCCUUCGAUGUCACACAAGCUAUAUGCAGCAGAGGGCUUCUACUCCUGGAGUGGCCCAAUGUCGAUACAGGAGAUGAGAAAGUUGACUUACUGCAUGACAGGAGACUGGCUCUAUUACUACGUGAACAAGGUAUGGAGCAGUAUGAUCUAUCAUGGACAAUUGGUCAGGAUGGUGAGAAGGAGCACAGGAUAAAAAAUCCACUAGAUAUCGCUACCAACGCAAGCGGGCAAUAUAUUGUAGCCGACUAUGACUUGACAAUCAAGGUGUUUGACAAUAGUGGCAAAUUUGUGAAGUGUUUCAGACUUCCUCCUCUUAUUGAUGACAAUGGUAAAGAGCUAUUUACAGAAAACUGGAAGGUUAAACUGGCGACAGACAUAAACGACAACAUUUAUGUGCUGGUUGAAGAAAAGAAUCAUCAGCGUUGGAUUUUUAAGUUUGAUAAAUCCGCUGACCAGUAUCACAAGUUUCGCGAGAGGACAAUGGACCUCGAGUGCAAUCUGUGUAAACUGUCAGUUAGUGAUAGUGGCAAAGUGAUGGUAUUGAAAGGCAAUUAUACAAAGGACUAUCAUUUUUUGGAUCUAUACGAGACUGAUGGUCAGUUUGUUUGCAGUUUUGGAGAACAAAAUUUGAAGAGCCCGCGAGACAUCAGCACUGUAAGUGAUGGCAGAGUUAUGGUGGUGGACCAAACGCCUUCCCACUGUGUACACAUAUUUAGCGAACUCGGUGAUCAUCUAAGUAAGUUUGAUCUCAAAGGGUUUGUUCACUUUCCAAACAUUGCAUUUCACAGGGAAAGUCAACAAGUCGUCUUGGCUAGUACUGACGAUGAAAAAAGAGCUCCUCUGUAUUGGAAUAUACACCAAAGAUGGUGA